UGAAUCCACAAUUGACAACUUGCAGUCCAGCUAAACCCAAGUACACUUUUGAUAACAGAAUUUCACAUAAAAUACCUACCAGAAUGAAAUAUCACCAGAUCAUCUUUCAACUGAUCGCCUGCUUUGCGACCUUUGAGCUGGUACUUGGUUAUCCCCAGGAGAGAAUUUCUUCAGCGGAACAGAUCCAAAGACUGCGAUCUGCAACUGAUACGGAAAAUCAAGACGUGAGAUCCAGUGAAGCCCUCGAAAACCUGUACAGAUAUGAGAGAACUUUAAGCAGACUGCGGAGAGCCCUGGACGAGCUGGCUUACGAGGAGGCAGCCGAUGACUUGGAGCUGGCCGAGAUCAAUGUAUUCCGACCUCUCUUCCGUUAUCGAUCACAGGUGGUGAAGGUGAAGAAUCCCAAUACCCAGCAGCAGUUUGGUUAACUGGGUGAUAUGUGCAAAACAAUAUAGACUUAAGCUUAGUCACCUCGCCACAUUUCACAAACACUGAACACAACCCAUUGAUAUUUUUUUGUACAAACUUAGAUUCUUAAGAAAUAAAAGAAAACUAAUUUAUAUUGUUAAACAUUUAAA